AAGCGCCCACGCCUCAAAGUCGGACAUCGUGAAGUCCGGAAGCCCCAAAUCCACACUAAAGCAUAUAUGGACAGAAAGCAGUAAGGAUAUGUCCAUCAGUAGACUGCUGUCACAGACUCUACAUGGCAAAGAGAACAGCACAGCCUUGGACCUUCGCUAUGACACUCCAGAGCCCUACUCUGAGCAGGACCUGUGGGACUGGCUGAGGAACACCACAGACUUGCAGGACUCGCGGCCGCGGGCCAAACGGCGACCAAUGGUAAAGACGGGGAAGUUCAAGAAGAUGUUCGGCUGGGGGGACUUCCACUCUAACAUCAAGACGGUCAAACUCAACCUGCUGAUCACCGGUAAGAUCGUGGAUCACGGCAACGGCACCUUCAGUGUCUACUUCCGCCACAACUCCACAGGCCAGGGCAACGUGUCCGUCAGCCUGGUGCCUCCAACCAAGAUAGUGGAGUUCGACGUAGCGGCGCAGCAGUCCGUCAUCGACGCCAAGGACUCAAAGUCCUUCAACUGCCGCAUAGAGUACGAGAAGGUGGAGAAGGGAGCCAAGAACACACUCUGCAACUUCGACCCGUCCAAGACCUGCUACCAGGAGCAGACCCAGAGCCACGUCUCCUGGCUCUGCUCUAAACCUUUCAAAGUCAUCUGCAUCUUCAUUUCCUUCUACAGCACCGACUACAAACUGGUGCAGAAAGUGUGCCCAGACUAUAACUACCACAGUGACACUCCCUACUUCCCCUCCGGCUGAUGUUCCCUUACGCUCACGUGAAGAGAAGUGGACGAGCGCAGACUGGGGCUUCUACCCACCCAGGAGAAAUGUGUCUGUUAGCCGUACUGUCCCUCAACACGUUCACACCAGAGUCAGACAUCCCAACUGAAUUGUGCAGAGAGAGCAGUUAGAAGGUAGACAGGAGUGUAAUUUGCUUAUGAAUGACUUGGACUCUGUGAUUACUAUGAAUAUUAACAGGUAGAUUUUGUUCCUGCUUUAUGUUUUGUCCCUGUUUGAAGCCUGUAGGUAGCAGAGCUGUGUUUGGAUUGUUAUCACUAUUAAAGUCGGCCCUUUGUUGCUUUAUGUUCACACUUAUUUUCACACUAGGUGUUAACAUCUUUGUUUCCCUGUUUUAGCAUAAUUCAUAUACAAUGCAUUAAGUCUCUGGACAACUAAAUACGGACUGUUUGCCCUGCUCUGCUAUUUACGCUCUGCAGUUUGUCCUGCAUAACUGGAAAACAAAAUGAAUUCCUCAUUUAAAAAGAAUUUAAAAAAUAAAAGUUUUACAAAACCUGCAAGGCAACUGAAGAGGACAGUGAAGAUUCACAUGUGAGGUGAGAUGCUCUGGACCUGAGCAGGAAACAACAACAGUCCACCUUCAGUUCCUGCUCGUGCAGCUCCAUGUUGGUUCCUUCUCAGCUGACUGAAUGUCUGAUUGAUCAGUGGUUUGUGGGGGAUGGGGCUUGCUCAUUGUCACUUAAUAUAUCAAAUGUAAUGUAUUGAAUUAUAUAUCUUAGAGCCUAAUUUGUAAAAAUGGUUUGUAUUGUACAUAGUUUAUCCCAAUGGCGCUGCUUCUGUACAUGCCCCCCAUGAGCUGUGUGUCCCCCCUCCUGCUAAGUCCUCUUGUUCACUCCAUGUAUGCUCGUUCUUGGUUCCUCUAACAAAGAAAAUGAUGUUGCUGCCCUAGAUGUGAAUUUCUUGAAAUCAUCAAUCCUGUACAGAAGCUGUAAAACUUACUAAAUAUAUUAAAAGUAUUCAUUGAAAUUUUCUUUAUUGGGGGGGAAGGUGGGGGCUGGAGAUGUACAUAUUAAUUAAAGAACACGGUAAAUUUUAUCAAUUGAA